UGGCGGACAGUGGAAAAAUCACAUGCCGAUUUCUACUGAACAUUACAAAUAACAAUACAAAUAAUGAAGAUAUUCGUAUUACAUGCAUGGAUUAGCGAAAUAUGUGUACUCAACUUUCACGGAGUUAUUUUAAGCUAUUAAAAUAUUAAUAUAAGAGUUAUUCAGUGUUAAACAUAGAUAAGUAAAAGUGUGUUUACGAGCGGACCGUUUUCAAGUCAACUUUACAAGAAAGAACAGUGGCAGGAUUCUUGGUCAAAAAUGUCAUGUCUAUUGAAAGUUCAAACAGCGAAAUUAUCAUCGGCUUAUCUCAACAUGAAGGGAUUGAUUGAAGACGACAACGAUUGAAAUAUGGACAUCCGCUGCUUUCCCAAUGGCACCAUAGUGGUUCCUAAUCCCGGGGGCCGAUUCAACAAGGUAGAUGUGAAUUCAAAGACGUGUCGUCUGCGAGUCUUCAAGGUGAGCGGGGAGGUUUGGCUCGACAACUGCCGAAUGGACGCUAAUCACACGGUGACAUUCUUGAAACUUGAGGAGCCGGGUAUCAUUACAGGCGGUCUAUUGCAGUCUUUCGUUUGCAAACAGAUCCCCGAGGAGGGCGUCAUUCUGAACGUCAGUGUGGGCAUCAAAGUCACGGAGGACCCAUCGAUACCCACACAGGAGCAGGUGUUGGAUAAUGGAGUCCGCAUAAUUACGCGUCUUGGGGGAAACACUUCCGGUGCAAAGGUACACGCGCAUGACGCUAGAAAGAUCGUCUGGGACAUACAGAUAGCGGAAUUCCGUAUCAUACCGGAAGUGUGCAGCUACAUGUCUAAGAGCGGCCCCGUGAUCCUGCUUCAGAACGGAUGCAGCAAGGCUUCUGGUCAGGUGUCGAACUUUGUCACCGGUGCCAGCGGCGGCUUUCUGUGGGUAUUUCCGGCCAGUUUCAGCGACCGAACCUCCAAUGACGUCGCUAUAGUGUGUUCCGUGAGGGUGUGUCUUCCCAGUGACUCAGAUAACUGCAAUGCGAAUUGCGCAGCAAACAGAAACAGUAACCGGCGUCGACGCCGAAAUACGCAGAAACGAUCCACCUUCGGUAUGAUGUCAGAGGUCGCCAUCCUCACGAUCCAGUUUGAUACGCCGAAAGUGACGUCACUUGUUAGAAAUUCGCAGUGUCCGAUUGCUACACCGACCUUGUGGAUGAUAACGUCGUUGAUAUUUCUUGUUACGGUUGUGCUGUAGCAUUUACAAAUUGACUGUGAUUUACAUAUGCAAGAACUAGAUUGAAUAACCCUGCAAACUAAAUAUAUAGCCCGUAUUUAUAAUGUAAAUAUUGUACAUAACGAGUUACUAAAUGCUAUUCGUCAGGUAUACUAAUUGGUGCGAUUGUUAACCUCAAUCCCUAGUCAUGAUCGAUCUGCUUGGUAGGAUAGAUAUUCAUAUGUAUUCUACAUUAUAUAUGACCACAUUUUGUAGUACGUCGUAACCGACUUGCUCAUGUUUCUUUUCGAGUGAGCCUGAUGGGAACGAACGUCAUUGAUAAAGGCUCCAGUUUCUUAAUUUCUUUUAAAAAAUGUCUUGGUUGUUUCAUGGAGUUAUAUUGGUUAUACAUGUAUUUCUUUCGUAUUGAUAUUAUUAAUUAAAUGUUGAGCAAUAUAUUAAUAUUAAACAAAAUAAUAAAUACAAAAUGUCAAACAUUAACCUAUGUUUUCCUUUUGUUUAGAGUCUCAAGUUGCAUAGUCAUUAUAAUAUUUGUGAAAUGGAGAGAUGUGUAGUGUGUCCUGCAUAAAGGGUUUUCACUGUUUUCUUUUUUGGCGCUUCCGUUUUGAUUUUUGUGAAGUAUCGAGGCAUUUUUAACAAAAGGUCACACAUUAUUAUGAUAUCCUUAUUGUGCUAUAAUAGUACAUGAAAUGACCUAAUUAUUGUAUCUGUUUUACCUAUGCAAGACAAAAUACGAUCGAUUGAUGAUGCAUGAGAUUAUAAUUGAUUAAAACUGUGCAU